UCCGUCUUCCCUUCAAAAACUUGGAAUGAUUUCAAAUCAUAGGCACCUUCACUUAACCCUAGCUUCCAUUCAUCAGCAAACACACCGGAUCGAUGCUACGCUAACCUAUCGGGUGUUCGCUCCGCGCGUUCAGGCUUGAAGAUGCAGUGGACGCCGGAACAUGCCCAGUGGCCAGAACAGCACUUUGACAUCACCUCCACCACUCGGUCUCCUGCCCACAAAGUUGAAGCUUACAGAGGUCAUCUGCAGCGCACCUACCAGUACGCCUGGGCAAAUGAUGACAUAUCUGCUCUGACUGCAUCCAACCUCCUAAAAAAAUAUGCAGAGAAGUAUUCUGGCAUUUUGGAAGGCCCUGUGGACCGACCUGUACUCAGUAACUACUCCGAUGCACCAUCAGGACUAGUGAACGGUCGGAAAAAUGAAAGUGAACCCUGGCAGCCUUCCUUGAAUUCAGACGCUGUGUAUCCCAUGAACUGUGUUCCGGAUGUUAUCACUGCCAGCAAAGCUGGAGUCAGUUCAGCCCUCCCUCCAGCAGAUGUCUCUGCAAGUAUAGGGAGCUCUCCUGGGGUGGCCGGCAACCUGACGGAACCUAGUUAUUCAAGUAGUACCUGUGGAAGCCACACUGUACCUAGUCUUCAUACAGGGCUCCCAUCUCAGGAAUAUGCCCCAGGAUACAACGGCUCAUAUUUGCAUUCUACUUACAGUAGCCAGCCAGCACCUGCACUUCCUUCACCUCAUCCUUCUCCUUUGCAUAGCUCUGGGCUCCUGCAGCCGCCGCCACCGCCGCCUCCGCCCCCAGCCCUGGUGCCAGGCUACAAUGGGACUUCUAACCUCUCCAGUUACAGCUAUCCCUCUGCUAGCUACCCUCCUCAGACUGCUGUGGGAUCUGGGUACAGCCCUGGGGGUGCACCGCCUCCUCCUUCAGCAUACCUGCCUUCAGGAAUUCCUGCUCCUACCCCCCUCCCCCCCACCACGGUCCCUGGCUACACCUACCAGGGUCACGGCUUGACACCUAUCGCGCCCUCGGCUCUGACAAACAGUUCGGCAAGUUCUCUCAAAAGGAAGGCUUUCUAUAUGGCAGGGCAAGGAGACAUGGACUCCAGUUAUGGAAAUUACAGCUAUGGCCAACAGAGAUCUACACAGAGUCCUAUGUACAGAAUGCCCGACAACAGCAUUUCAAACUCAAAUCGGGGGAAUGGCUUUGACAGAAGUGCUGAAACAUCAUCCUUAGCAUUUAAGCCAACGAAGCAGCUAAUGUCCUCUGAACAGCAAAGGAAAUUCAGCAGCCAGUCCAGUAGGGCUCUGACCCCUCCUUCCUACAGCACUGCUAAAAAUUCAUUGGGAUCAAGAUCCAGUGACUCCUUUGGGAAGUACACUUCGCCAGUGAUGAGUGAGCAGGGGGACGAGCACAGGCAGCUCCUCUCCCACCCGAUGCAAGGCCCCGGACUCCGUGCAGCUACCUCAUCCAACCACUCUGUGGACGAGCAACUGAAGAAUACUGACACGCACCUCAUUGACCUGGUAACCAACGAGAUUAUCACCCAAGGACCGCCAGUGGACUGGAACGACAUUGCUGGUCUCGAUCUGGUAAAGGCUGUCAUUAAAGAGGAGGUUUUAUGGCCAGUGUUGAGGUCAGAUGCAUUCAGUGGACUGACGGCCUUACCUCGGAGCAUCCUUUUAUUUGGACCUCGGGGAACAGGCAAAACCUUAUUGGGCAGAUGCAUAGCUAGUCAGCUGGGGGCCACGUUUUUCAAAAUCGCUGGUUCUGGACUUAUCGCCAAGUGGUUAGGAGAAGCGGAGAAAAUUAUCCACGCCUCUUUUCUCGUGGCCAGAUGUCGCCAGCCCUCGGUGAUUUUUGUCAGUGACAUUGACAUGCUUCUCUCCUCUCAAGUGAGUGAGGAACACAGUCCAGUCAGUCGGAUGAGAACCGAAUUUCUGAUGCAGCUGGACACUGUACUAACUUCGGCUGAGGACCAAAUCGUAGUAAUUUGUGCCACCAGUAAACCAGAAGAAAUAGAUGAAUCUCUUCGGAGGUACUUCAUGAAACGACUUUUAAUCCCACUUCCUGACAGCACAGCGAGGCACCAGAUAAUAGUACAACUGCUCUCACAGCACAAUUACUGUCUCAAUGACAAGGAGUUUGCACUGCUCGUCCAGCGCACAGAAGGCUUUUCUGGACUAGACGUGGCUCAUUUGUGUCAGGAAGCGGCGGUGGGCCCCCUCCAUGCCAUGCCAGCCACAGACCUUUCAGCCAUUAUGCCCAGCCAGUUGAGACCUGUUACAUAUCAAGACUUUGAAAAUGCUUUCUGCAAGAUUCAGCCUAGCAUAUCUCAAAAAGAGCUUGAUAUGUAUGUUGAAUGGAACAAAAUGUUUGGUUGCAGUCAGUGAUAACUUCUUUAAAAAAACAUGUAAUGAAUGUUGGCACACACACAUAAAACCUGCUCCAUAGGGUAGAGAGCCUCUUCCCAGUAGUGUUUAAAUCGCAAAGGGUACUGGGGAAGAAGACGAUUAAGUUGCAUCUUUAGAGUCAGGGUAGAUUUGGAGGAAAAAUGCAUCCAGUGAGAGCUUCUGAUGUGAAAGCCCCAGAUGACAGAAAGCACCUGCUGAUGCUCCGUUCGGUUCCAGCUAGACAACACUCACCAAGGAGCAAGGCGCGAGUGUGUUGAUUUCAGAAGGACAUGAACCUCGUGUGUUGAUUCCAUUCUGCUGUUCUCGAGAUUUAGUUGCUGUCAAGUGCCUGGAGUGGUGCUUUAUUUUUUGUUUGCCUCACAAUUACAUUGGUGGCAUGUGCUAAUAUAAAGAGCUUUAACUUCAAACAUUAUUGGACUAAAGAGAUGAACAGUUGUGUUUCGACAGAAAACCAGAUU